AAGGCCACUGGAGACUGCAACAAGUCAUGGAUCUGAGGGCCAGCUGUGAGGAGCGGGUUUCACCGAGUCUAGGGGUGUCCGCCGGGGGAACCUGGCGUGAUUGGACCGACUGUUUUUUUGAAACGCAGAAGAUACGCCGGGAGGACGCAGAACUUAGCGCAAAAUUCGAGGAGCGCAAACAGGCGUUGGAGAGGGUGCACCAGCGCAAAGAUGAAGUGCUGAAAGAAUCCACUAAGAUAAGGGAAUUUUACUUGAGCUAUGAUGAGUUUCUCCAGGGUAAAGAUGCAGGCCAAACACUUGAGACAGCAGAGAAAGAAACAAAAGAGGUGCUUCUAAAGGAGGCAGAGAUACAGAAAUUAAAGGAGGAAUAUAAUCAGCUGAAGGAGAGGAAAUGUGAGCUUCUGCUUCAAGAGGAGAAGAGCUCCGUAUAUCAGGAUUUCAUGGAGCGAUCACUCAAAUUCACUAAGUUUGAAGACCUGCAGGAACUAACAGGUCAUUUAGAGAGUCUUCUGCUCAUCAAAGAUCAGCUGUCUCAACGGGAGAAUGAUGCACAGGAACAGCUUGACCAGCAGAAGAAAGCCCUGCUGAUGGUGGAGGACCAGCAUCGCUUGAUGAUACUGCAUAAGAACAACCAGCUGUCCCAACUCCAGACCGAGCUGGAAAAGACUCGUACUGAAGCUCUCAUAUGGGAACGGAAAUGGAACCACUUUCAGGACACUGCUGCAAAGAAAACACUCCUGCUGGGAAAGAUUAAGAUGGCGACCCUCAACCUUUAUGAAGUGACAGGAGGCGAUAUAGAAGGAGAGGAGGGUGUGGAUGUGAAUGCCACAGAGACUCAGCUGCAAAAGGUCAGGAUCUUCAUCCAGGACAAUGACGCCAUAGUGAAAGAACAUCAGUCUGCCUCACACCAAAGCGAUGAAGGACAGAAGAGAGACAAGGCCAAAAAGCACAGUUCAACUCAUAAUAAACAAUAAAAACAUAAAAACACUAAGAAAUUACAAAACUAA